GAAUUUGUGCACUCACUAUCAAUGGCAAAUGUUGAAGCCAACAUACAAUUGAACGCUUGCUUGAGUUGCAAUUUUUCAAGAACAGGAGGUUGAAUUGGAAGAAGAAAGCUUGAGGCUCCCAAACAGCUUUGAUGAAAUUCAUAAAGAGUGAGCUUUCUGGAACGAUUGAAUCCAUUUAUUGAUGUGAAUAUAAACAUGAGUUCCUGUCACCGCCAUCAAAUCUUGGUGUGAUAGUUCUUCUGUACAAGCAGCCAUGAAUCAACACCAGGUAGCAAAUGCUGAAGCCCAGCGUGGAAUUCACCACUCAGGAGAAUACCAUGAUAUCGAAUUGAAGUGCAAAGACAACAUUCUCGUUGCACACAGUGCAAUAUUGUUACCUCGCUCCACGAUUCUCGCAAAUAGAGAAGAUGAGAGAUGGAGCAUCACUGAAACGAAUCUAAGACAGUUUGAUAUGUCAGAUCAGGAUUCAGUCAUCGUCAACGCAGCACUUUCGUACAUCUAUACUUCUGAAUACAAUGAUGAUCCUGUUGGUACCCGUUCAAAUACGAACAUGCCUUCUUACGUACCUGCCAUGCCUCGUCAGUCACAGGAUUCCUUCCCAGCUGCUAGAAACCUGGACGACUCACGACUGCUCUUCAACACGGAAAUGUACAUCUUCGCCUGCAAAUACAAGAUCGGCAAGCUGGACUGCCUAGCCGCAGAAAAAUUUUAUCAUGUCGCGCAUCUUCCUUCGUCACCUUUGCUCUACUCUAAGGCAGAUGUAUUGGAUAAGAGACCUGCUUUUGUUGCAGCCGCAUCUCUUUUCUGUGACAACAUGUCGGAUCUUUUCGACAGGAAGAGCGAUGAGUUAUGGAAGACUAUGAAAAUAGUAUCAUUCACGAACUACAUGGGUUUGAAGGACACGAGAUGGGAAGACAGGGAGGCGAAGUCUCCGAAGAGGAUUUUCUGGGAAAGGGAGGAUUUCAUGAUGGAGUUGUUAGAGGCGGGAUGGCAUCUGUAUCACGACCUUUCAAUCGGCCUGAGAAACUCGGGGUAACUUGCUAGAAGUAAUGGCUGUAAACAUUCAUCUUCAUCAAUAGAGAGCCGAAGUCACUUGCGAUACGGAUGAUUAUGACCUCGUCAAUCACAUUGGGAUUUAUGA